AUGGGAUCUUGUACAUCUAAACAACUGGACAAUUCCAACCCAUCAGGGGUUCCAAAAACCAGUAACAAGCGCAAUGAGCAAAGACAAUCAUUAGCAACUAAUAAAAAUAAUACAAAUGCGUCAAAAGAUCAUAAUGCAUCUACGGAUUCUUCGAACGAAAUGCAUUCAACGUAUCCAGAAAAGUCUGCGAUUGAAAAUUCAAAUGCCACUUCUUCUUCGGCUGGUUCUGAAAAGGAAGUUAAAGUGUUGUUAUUAGGAUCAGGAGAAAGUGGUAAGUCAACAAUUGUUAAACAAAUGAAGAUUUUACAUCAAAACGGAUAUACCACAGAGGAAUUAUAUGAGUACAAGCCUUUUGUUUACAAGAAUGUAUUGGAAUGUAUCAAGAGCGUUAUUAAUGCAAUAAUUGAUUUGGAGCCUGACUUGAUUCAUAAGGCGAAUGAAACUGGUGAAGUAGAAAUGAUAGGAAAUAAUACUAUUGGAUCAGACAACCAAGAGGAACGCGUGCAGCCAUAUAACGGGACUUCAAAAGAAGGAAAUCGUAAACAUGUAUUGGAUUAUGAUAUGCUAAACGAAGUCUUGGAUUAUGAGGUCAACAUUAAUGUUGACGAAAAUUUCAACCCAGAUAUUGCUGAUAAAAUUAUUCAUAUUUAUAAGACCCCGGAGGUUCAAAAGUUUAUUAAAUACCAACAGGGAAACUUCUAUUUAAUUGAUUCUACUAAUUACUUCUUAAAUGAUUUAGAAAGGAUUGCCAAAGUUGGUUAUUGCCCAUCAGUUGAUGAUAUAUUAAGAACUCGUAAGAAAACUUCUGGUAUUUUUGAUUUCAAAUUUCAAAUGAGUGGUGGUUUGAAUAUUCAUAUGUUCGAUGUUGGUGGUCAAAGGUCUGAAAGAAAGAAAUGGAUUCAUUGCUUUGACAACGUGACAUCUAUUAUAUUUUGUGUUGCUUUAUCCGAAUAUGAUCAAGUUUUACUCGAAGAAAAUAGCCAAAAUAGAUUAGAAGAAUCGUUAAUUUUGUUUGACUCGGUGGUUAAUUCAAGAUGGUUUGCGAGGACCUCAAUUGUAUUGUUUUUGAAUAAAAUUGAUGUUUUUGCAGAAAAGUUACCCUAUUCUCCAUUAGAAAAUCACUUUCCUGAUUAUACUGGUGGUAAUAAUAUUAAUAAGGCUGCUAAGUAUAUAUUGUGGAGAUUUAAUCAAGUUAAUAGAUCCGGCUUAAGUAUUUAUCCUCAUGUGACGCAAGCUACAGAUACUUCGAAUAUUCAAUUGGUAUUUGCGGCCAUUAAAGAAACAAUUUUGGAAAACAGUUUGAAGGAUAGUGGACUCCUCUAG